AUGUUAGCACAUCGCAAGACAGCUUGUUUCCGAAAUGCUAUUAAUUUUCACAAGUCGAGUUUAUCAUCAUCAUAUGGAUCAUUCUGCACAAAUGCUCAUCCAUCGUUGUGCCUAUCAAAUGAGAGUUUUUUCAAUAAUCAUUCGAAAUUCAUUCGAACAACUGACUGCAUCAAUCGAACAUUCAGUUCCAGUAACCAUAAGACUUUGUCAAUAGCAUUACGAGAAGCACUUGAUUAUGGAGAAAACAAACUCCGAAAUGCACUCACAUUCAAACACGUAGAGCAUGAUCCUGAAGGAGAGGCACGUAUGCUACUAUUUCACACGCUCUUUCCGAAAGAACCUGUGGAACACUUGAGCAGUCGAUGGCUUUCUCUUUCGCUACGAAAAGAUCGUCUCACACCUCAUCAACUCGAUACUUUCAAGUCACUCAUCGCAAGACGAUGCCAAUAUGAACCUAUUGAAUACAUCACGGGACGAGUCAACUUUUUUGGAAGACAAUUUCUUGUGAAUAAGCAUGUCCUGAUACCGAGAGUGGAUUCUGAAGUGAUGAUUGAGGCAAUCAUGAAGAGAAUGAACCAAUUUUUGAAAUUUUCGUCAUCAUCUGAUGAUCAGAGAAUUCAAAGAGAUGGACUUAACAUUGUGGAAUUGGGAGUGGGAAGUGGAUGUUUAAUUUUGACCUUAUUGCUCGAGUUGGAGAAAGCAAAUAUUAAAGUACAGAGUGCCAUCGGCUUGGAUAAGAGUAGUGAGGCUUUAAAAGUUGCUGCACUGAAUGCCCAACAAUUACUUCCACCUCGUCUUUGUAAAAAGUUGAUUCUGAAAGAGCAUGACAUGUUGUGUGAUGAAUUUAAACCCGAAGAAUGGAAAUCCCAAAUGAACGAUAAUGAUGAUGAUUCAAAGAUGUGUGUCACUUGUAACUCAACUUUCGCAAACACCUCGAAGCGUAAAGUUGGUAUUAUUACUGAGGAUGAGAGAAACCACCACUAUGGCUCUACACAUGUGCUCAUUUCAAAUCCUCCUUAUAUUCCCUCCCAGGUCAUUAUGGAAGAAUUGGAUCAAGAUGUUUCUCUUCAUGAGCCUCAUCUCGCUCUCGAUGGAGGUCCUGAUGGACUCGACUUUUAUCGUUUCCUCCUAUCGGAGAAAGCCAUGCACAAGUAUCGUCUCUUAUCCUCCUCAGAGAGUUCCUUAAUGGCGUUGGAGCUCGGUUACGAUCAGGCUCCCAUCCUUAUGAAGAAUGUACUCUCAACAACGGUUCUCGCCAACAACGACGAAGACGACGACACGACUAAUUUGCAAAUCUCAAACCACGAAAUGAAGCAGCAGCGUUUUCUUUUGGGUACGAGCAAAAGUGGAUCCAAUUUUGAAUUUGUAGUCGAGUUGGAGAAGGACCUGAAUCAAUUCGAUCGAGUUCUGAUUCUGAAGACAACCAAACGCACACCAUAA